AAUCCCAAAUGAUGCUCAGAGGGAGGAUGCACCUAUAAAAAGCUGGAUCAACUGUUGCUGAUCGCACUCUCUACUGACCUCGACACCACGCUCCCAGACACCUGAGAAGAGAACUCUUCGGAGGACAUUACAUAAGAUGGCAAAGGUUUUCAAGAAGACCAGUGGAAACGGAGGGGUCACGCUCUACCUGGGGAAGAGAGACUAUGUGGACCACGUGGACAAAGUGGACCAAGUCGAUGGUGUUGUGAAGCUGGACACAAAGGAUUUUGGAGACAGGAAAGUGUUUGUGCAGCUGGCAUGUGCUUUCCGGUACGGUAGUGAGGACCUGGAUGUGAUGGGCCUGUGCUUCAGGAAGGACAUCUGGAUCCAACACUUCCAGAUCUACCCUGAGAGCCACAAGCCCACUCUGUCCGACAUGCACAACACCCUGCUGAAGAAGGCGGGAGAUGACGCAAAACCCUUCUCUUUUGAAAUUCCCAAAAACCUGCCAUGCUCAGUGUGUCUGCAGCCUGGACCAGAUGAUCAGGGGAAGGCUUGUGGUGUCGACUUUGAGAUCAAAACUUACAUUGCUAAUAAGCAGUCCGAUCCGGAUGAGAAGAUUGAAAAGAAGGACACAGCUCGCCUUGUCAUUCGUAAAAUCCAGUUUGCCCCCUCCCAUAUUGGCGCCGGGCCCAAGGCUGAUAUCUGCAAAAGCUUCAUGAUGUCCGACAAGCCUGUUCACCUAGAAGCUUCACUGGAAAAAGAUCUCUACUUCCAUGGCGAACCAAUCCCCAUCAAAAUCAAAAUCAACAACGAGAGCAACAAAACAGUCAAGAAAUUCAAAAUCAGUGUGGAACAACUCACAGACAUCGUCCUUUACUCAGCAGACAAAUACACCAAGGCUGUUCUCUGCCAAGAGUUUGGAGAGACAGUGGAGUCCAACGCCACCUACGAAAAUACUCUGACUAUCACCCCCCUGCUGGCUGAAAACAAGGAGAAGAGGGGGCUGUCACUGGACGGGCGACUGAAGGAUGAGGACACUAACCUGGCCUCCACCACUAUGCUGCAACAGAGUCUAGAAAAAGAGGUUUUGGGAAUCCUGGUUUCCUACAAGAUUAAAAUUAACCUCAUGGUGGCCGGAGGAGGCCUGCUUGGUGGCCUCACUUCCAGUGAUGUCACACUGGAGCUGCCAUUGAUGCUCAUGCACCCCAAACCUCAAGGUAUUUUUUCAAUGACUCACACAAACAAAUGCAAGAUUUACGGUUACCAAUGCACCCGAUGGCUACUAAUUAUCUUCUCUUUUUCUAUUUUCUUCCUGCAGAGUAAAGACUGCACAUCAGUUGUCUUGAAAGAGACCACUCCAUAGUAAAGAAAGGAUGUUAACCAUGAGGAGGAGAUGAAACUCACAGAAAGACUGGAAGAUAACGAGGGAAUGUGGCACAAAACCAAGAAAAAAUAUGUGACGAUGUCAUGAACCCAUUUAACAUUAAAGAGGAACUGAACAUAGUUACCUUGUCAACCCACUAAGGACACUCACAUGUGUUUUUGUUUUAAUCAAUGUCCUUUAGCUGUAGAGGGAGUACUCUCCCUGCUUAAUUGUAUGUAACAUUUAGAGAUCAAAGACUGUAGAAACACACAUAUAUGCACACAAUCAUUUCCCCCUCCAUGCAGAGCGUGAUUGGAAGAUGGGAAUUCAGAUUGAAGCCUAUAAAAGCCUAUAUUGUUUGAUGUACACCGUUACACUUAUUUUUGAAACGUUUCUCUUUCCUUUAAAUUAGAUUGAGUUUUUGAUGUGAAGUCGAAAAAUGUAUAAUUAAUAAAAAAUAUUCUAAAAA